GAGUGCCUUCCACCCGGGAUCCAGGAGGGCGCAGGCAGCCGGCGUGGGCCCGACGUCCCCGCGCGUCCGCGGCGCCCCGUGGCUCCGGCUGGGCGCAGGUGGGCCGGGCCGGGCGCCGCAGAUCGGCGCGUUCCCACGAACGCUCGCCCUCGGAGCGAGGGGGAGGGACAUCGGAAGGACGUGGAAACAUCGCGGGUGUCACCCACCAAGCCAAGGCCCCGCGCGGCCGCCGCGGGGAAUUCUCAGGAGCGAUCCCGGCUGAGCCUGGGCGGCGCAGGGACAUUAGCAUGACUCUGGGCGGCCGUCCUGCUGCCAGCCCAGCCACCACGCUGCGCGCUGGUACCCGAGCCGCGGUGGCCCCGCGUGGGGGCCGAUCUCCGGGCUCCGGAGUCACCGCGGCCCGGGAGUAGGAGCAUGCCUGCGGCGGGGGACCCACGCGUGUUGGCGCGCGCCCCCACCCGCCAGCCUCGGAAGGAGGAAGCCUGACGCGGCGGUCGGCAGCACCCAUCUGGCUGUCCCUGCGUGGUCGCAGCCACCGUCCGCGUCCGCGUCCGCGUCGGAGCCGGAGCCCUGGCAUGAAGACGGCCUCCCGAGCACUGCGGGAGAGGCAGAGCCAGCCUGCGCCAGGGACUGCGGGCCUCGCGGCCGGGAGGUCCGGGGAGACACGACGCGGACACUGUCAUCUCCACGCCUCGCGCUGAGCCUCCCGGUGCGGUUGUGGCUGCCGCCGCCCCACCGGGCUGCUCGGGAGUGCGAUCCCGGGUGGGCCCCGGGAGGCCUCGGCUUCCUCGUUUGUUUGGAUCUUUUGUGCGGUGGCGCACGGCCGGCUAAGCACUCCUGCGCUGAAUCGGGCCAUUGUCUGCGCUCCCAUAGCUUCCACGCUGCAAGUCUCGGCGCCCCCACCCCAGCCGCCCCCUCCCGGCCGCCGAGCCUCCCAACGUGCCUUUUCCCCCCAGGAAUCUGGAAGCUAUAAGCCGGGCGGAUUGCAAAUGAAGUGGAAUGCAUUGUGGGACGUGUGUAAAAUCGGAGCCUUCGCCGUGGGGGUGUGGGGGGGCGUGGGGAGGGCCGGACCCGCCGCUGGCGGUGUAGACGACCACGAGGGGCUGGGGAAAAUGUGCACAGAGUCCUCCCGGGUCGUGGCCGGGGUAGACGGAUGAAGCAGCGCGCUGCGCCCCGGCGCUGAGAACCCACGAUCGGGCCACCAGGGUCGCCCUUCCCCACCAUGAAGAAGACCCGGAGCACAACCUUGCGGCGAGCCUGGCCUAGCUCGGAUUUCUCGGACCGGGCCUCGGACCGCAUGAGAUCCCGCAGCGAGAAGGACUACCGGCUGCACAAGCGCUUCCCCGCGGCCUUCGCGCCCCAGGCUUCCCGGGGCUACAUGACAUCAGGUGAUGUGUCACCAAUCAGUAUGUCCCCCAUCAGUCAAUCACAGUUUAUUCCACUCGGGGAAAUCCUUUGCUUGGCCAUCUCUGCAAUGAACUCUGCAAGAAAACCUGUCACCCAAGAAGCACUGAUGGAACACCUGACAACGUGUUUCCCAGGUGUUCCAACCCCAAGCCAAGAAAUUCUGCGGCAUACCCUAAACACACUGGUACGGGAGAGGAAAAUCUAUCCAACUCCAGAUGGUUAUUUCAUUGUGACCCCGCAGACUUACUUCAUAACUCCUUCCCUCAUAAGAACUAACAGUAAAUGGUACCACUUGGAAGAGAGGAUGCCUGACAGGUCUCAGUGUACCUCUCCACAACCCGGAACCAUAACGCCCUCUGCCUCAGGCUGUGUCAGGGAAAGGACAUUGCCGAGAAACCACUGCGACUCUUGCCACUGCUGCCGAGAAGAUGUGCACAGCAUGCAUGCCUCCACUCUGCAGAGGAAGUCUGCCAAGGACUGCAAAGACCCUUACUGCCCUCCUUCACUCUGCCAGGUGCCACCCACUGAAAAGAGUAAAAGUACUAUAAAUUUUUCUUAUAAGACAGAAACUCUCUCAAAACCUAAAGAUAGUGAAAAGCAGUCCAAAAAGUUCGGACUCAAGUUAUUCCGGCUGAGUUUUAAGAAAGACAAGACCAAACAGCUGGCCAAUUUUUCUGCCCAGUUUCCUCCUGAGGAGUGGCCCCUACGAGACGAGGACACUCCAACCACCAUCCCUCGGGAAGUGGAGAUGGAAAUCAUACGGCGGAUUAACCCGGACUUGACAGUGGAAAAUGUCAUGAGGCACACUGCACUAAUGAAAAAGCUUGAAGAGGAAAAAGCUCACCGGAGUAAAGCGGGAUCCUCAGCCCACCACAGUGGAAGGAGUAAAAAGAGCAGGACUCAUCGUAAGUCCCAUGGGAAGUCCAGGUCGCACAGCAAGACGCGAGUAUCUAAAGGAGAUCCUUCGGAUGGCUCGCAUCUGGACAUCCCCGGUGAGAGAGAGUAUGACUUUUGUGACCCUCUAACCAGGGCCCCCAGAGAGGGCUGCUUCAUCAUCGAACACAAAGGAGAUAACUUCAUCAUGCACAGCAACACAAACGUGAUCGAGUCCCAUUUCCCCAUGACGCCAGAAUGGGAUGUAUCUGGUGAACUGGCCAAAAGAAGAACUGAGAUGCCUUUUCCCGAACCUUCCAGGGGAAGCUCCCAUUCAAAAGUGCACCGAAGCCACAGCCAUACCCAGGACCGAAGGUCCAGGAAUGAGAGGUCCAACAAAGCCAAGGAACGAUCCAGAUCCAUGGAUAACUCCAAAGGCCCCCUGGGUGCUGCUUCUCUUGGGACGCCUGAAGACCUGGCUGAAGGCUGUAGCCAAGAUGACCAGACCCCCAGCCAAUCCUACAUUGAUGACAGUACUUUAAGGCCUGCCCAGACUAUUGGUCAUCAAAGGGCUCACAUUUCCUCUACGAGCUAUAAAGAGGUGUGCAUUCCAGAAAUAGUCAGUGGCAGCAAGGAACCUUCCAGUGCUUGUAGCCUUUUAGAGCCAGGCAAAGCCCCUGAGAGUAUGCCAUCCUAUGGUGAACUCAACUCCUGCCCAACAAAAACAGCCACAGAUGACUAUUUCCAGUGCAACACCUCUAGUGAGACUGUGCUCACAGCACCGUCACCUCUGGGAAAAAAUAAGGAGGACCAUGACACUUUGACCCUGGUCGAAGGGGUGAAAAAGCUAUCUUCAUCUGAGAGGCAGACUCCCCAUUCCUCCAGGGAGCCUGUUGGGCACAAGGAGGAGUCACCGAAAGGGCCAGGUGGGGGCCCUGCUGCCUCAGGUGGCAUGGCUGAGGGAAUGGCCAAUGGCCGCCUCGUCCAGCAUCAUAGCACGGAGCCCAGCAGCCUGGACAAGAGGAAAGAGAUAUUCAGCAAAGAUACAUUGUUCAAACCUCUGCACAGCACCUUGUCUGUAAACAGCUAUCACAAGUCGAGCCUGUCCCUCCUCAAAUCCCACCCGAAGUCACCUGCUGACGCACUGCCAGGCCGAUGUGAGAAAUUGGAACCUUCCCUGGGGACAUCGGUGGCACAAGCCAUGCCUGCUUCCCAGCGUCAGCAGGAGUCUGGAGGGAACCAGGAGGCCUCUUUUGACUAUUACAAUGUCUCUGAUGAUGACGACUCUGAGGAAGGGGCCAACAAAAACACAGAGGAAGAGAAAAAUAGAGAUGAUGUGGGUACCAUGCAGUGGCUCCUUGAGAGGGAGAAAGAAAGAGACUUGCAGAGGAAAUUUGAGAAGAACCUCACCCUCCUUACCCCAAAGGAAACUGACAGCAGCAGCAACCAGAGAGCCACCCACUCAGCCCGACUGGACAGCAUGGACAGCAGCAGCAUCACAGUGGACAGUGGAUUCAACUCCCCACGGAAUUGAAAAAAAAAAUGUUUCUGCAGCUGUAGAGAUCACCAAUCUGGACUGUACUCGGGAGAGCCUGGCUUCCAACACAUCAAGCAUUGUUGAAAGUAACCGCCGUCAGAAUCCUGCUUUGAGCCCGGCCCAUGGUGGAGCUGGUCCAGCCUUCAACUUCCGUGCAAGUACGGAUCCCCCGACAAACGAAGCUGAGAAAUUACAGAAACCUUCCAACUGCUUGCAAGCUUCUGUUACUAGUGUGUGAUUGUCCUUCUGCCUCAGAUCUUCUGUCUCAUUCAAUACAGCAAAGUUUACGACAAUUGGGAUGAUGUUUACACCUUUGGAAAGACAAGCAUCUCAUGCGCAGUUUGGGGUUUACUUAAACUGUGCUGCUAAGUAGGCUAGGG